ACUCCUGGCUGGGGCUGCCUAUGUGGCUAUGAAAGAAGUAGUCUCCCAGUGUUUGUCUUUCUUUGCGUUUACGGCGACAAUGAAGCAGAUAAUUUUGGCUGCGUUUUGUUUUUACGUUUUUGCGAAAGCCGACGAAGACGCCAGACUGCCGAAUAAAUGUGAAGUGUGCAAAUUUCUGACGGUGGAGCUCCAAGAAGCCCUGCAGAGAAGUGGCCGCUCCAAAGAGGUGCUGGAGGUGGGAGAAGUCCUGGACACUGGCAGGCGGAGAAAAAGAAUCAAGUACAACACCUCGGAAACACGCCUAAUGGAGGCCAUAGACAACAUAUGCGAGGGCAUCCUGCAGUACAGUGUCCACGCAGAGCGGCCAGGCAGCCUACGCUACGCCAAGGGCUCAAGCCAGACCAUGGACACGCUGAAGAACCUGGUCCACAAGGGGGUCAAAGUGGAUCUGGGUCUGCCUUACGAGAUGUGGGACGAGCCCUCCGCGGAAGUGACUGAUAUGAAAAAGCAGUGUGAAACCAUGUUGGAGCAGUACGAGGAGGUGGUGGAGGACUGGUACUUCCACCAUCAGGACCACAAGCUAGAAGACUUCCUGUGUGGGAGUCACGUCCUGGGAGCGUCCGAAAAAGAAUGUCUCACGGAGGUGUGGAAGGGAGACCCGGGGACCAAAGGAGGCACGGAGGAGGUGGCGAGCGCCAAGACGCACGACAGUGGCGAACUUUGACCCGCACAACAGCAGAGCGGUGUUGCAAUCACAUCUGGACAUGUCUUUCCGACAGGCUCCGCCCCCUGAGGCCUCCUGGCCGAGCCGGCGGUCACGCUUGAUUAGCGCUUGGGAGGAUGAUGUCUUCGCUCAGCUAUUUCUGCUGGGUUUUUUUUUUUACGCGUUAAUACCGAGAUUUACUGUCUAAAAAGUGAAGUGGUGCAGCUUUUUCACACAUGUAUAAAAUAUGUACCCAGAAAUGCAAUAUGUACAGUUUUGACAUUUUAAAUAAAGACUUUUUCUCACUUU